AUGGGUCGUCCCCCUGCCCACGUGUUUGUGGUGAGGCAUGGCAAACGCCUCGACGCAGCUGACAAGCAGUGGCACUUGACAUCACCCACGCCUUAUGAUCCGCCCUUGACCUAUGCCGGCUGGAUGCAGUCAAAGACCGUCGGUGCCAGAAUCGCCUCCCUCAUCCACGGCCAGGUCGCUGACGCUCAAUCUCAACCGGCCACGCCAACCACCUCGACACCCCCGGGCGGCGACAUCCUCACGCCACCGAAGAAGAAGCGCUACAACAUCAUCAUUCACAGCUCUCCCUUUCUCCGCUGUGUCCAGACAUCGAUUGCCAUUAGCGCAGGCAUCGCCUCGAACCCACCACCAGAGCAGGAUGCCAGCGACAAGAGCCCAGCCAUCACAAGAUGUGUUCUUCGGCUAGACGCCUUCCUCGGCGAGUGGCUGUCUCCAGACUACUUCGAGCACAUUACACCACCGCCAAGAUCCAGCUUGAUGCUCGCCACAGCCAAGGCUGAGCUGCUUCGACGCGAACAUUACACGGAUAGUCCAAAUAUCCUCGGUGCUCGGAAGCCUUCUGGUACCCAAGGCCAACUAUGGUCGCCCAAUGGCGGCCAGUCCGGUCUAGAGGAUCUUUCAGGGCUCAAGGACUCCUUACCCGGGGCCCACCAACGGACAGGCUCUUCACUUAUCAGAUCACUGAGUCCAGCCCGCGCAGCAUACCAGUCACCAGUGCCUACCUACGCAGUUGGUCCGAACGACCCAAUACCACGAGGUUACGUUGCCCAUGCUCGAGACGCUUGUGCCGACAUUGACUACCAGUGGGACUCGAGUCGAGACACCAUCGGCUGGGGAGACGGGGGUCUGCUCCCCGAAGAGUGGGCUUCAAUGCAUCAACGGUUCCGGAGAGGUUUUAAGCGCCUUGUCGAUUGGUACGCAACCAGUGAUCACCCGAACCAAAUGGUCACAAAGACAACGAGAACGGCAUACCAGGGCACGGCCGUUGCGGAACCAGUGGAGGUAGAUGGUGACGUGGACGAGGAGAAUGUCGUGAUUUUGGUGUCGCAUGGCGCUGGUUGCAAUGCUCUCGUCGGCGCCAUCACGCAGCAACCUGUGCUUGCAGAUGUCGCAAUGUCGUCCAUUAGCAUGGCCAAGCGCAGACCGGAGUUUGACCUGCCAAACGACAUUUUCGAGCACAGACCAGCGUCAUCUCUGGAUGACGGGCUCCUGAGGAAGAAGCUCACCAUGCAAGAGGUCUUUGACUUGAAGCUCUUUGCCAAUACUGAACAUCUCCAUUCGGCUGGAUCGACACCUGGUGUGAGCAGGUCCUCAUCUCUGGCUAGUCACGGUCGCACGCUGCGAGAAAUCACUUUUAGCAAUUCUUUGGGUCCUGGUAAUGCCGGAGCGAACAGGAGCAAUUCUGUGAACGCCUCCUUGGGCAGCAUGCGUCGUGGACCCGGAAGCCCAUCCCUGGGCCCUCGCCCGGUUUCUGCCACUCGGGGUAGUAGCGCAGGCAUCACCGUCGGCAGUACCCUGUCCAGCCUGGCUGGUUUCUCGACUGGACGAAAUCGUUCCGGCUCGUCUGGACUCUGGCAGCCGAAGAACGAGGAGGCCAUCGAGGAUGAAGUGGAGACACCUAUGCUCUUGAACUUCAGUUUCGAGAAGGACACGAAGAAAGAGGCAGGCCCAACUAUAAUCCUUGAUUCUGGCGAAGUCAGUAGCAAAGAGUUCAACCUCAACACUCUGGCUUCGACAUCUGGCAGUACUGGACCAAAGGGCACCCCAACCGACGAGUCAUCGCUCCUCAAGGCUGAGGCGACAGACCAUUUCGAUGAAGACGUAGUGCCGCAUCUAUGGGCGGGCACUGGUAAUGGCGGGCUGUGGGGCGCACCGCGUCCUCCAGGCGAAGCAGAGCGCAUUCGCGACCAUACUUCGACAAAGCGGCGGUGGACCAUCACCGAGAGGGAGACAAUUGUCUGA